AGCGAUGAUGGCUUCUGGUUUGUAGUUUGUUGUUUGCACUGAACUCUACCCGCAUCCGCCAGCAAGAACCAGGCCGGCGCUCGAGCGUCCCCUCCCGGGCCGCUCCGCUUAAAGUUCCCGGUGCUCGGUGUGUGCGGCGGCCGGCAGAAGGUGCAGUGAUGUCGGACAGCGGCUCCUCCUCCGGCGGCCUCCUGACCUACGAAACUCUGGUUCACGCUGUGGCAGGAGCAGCGGGGAGCAUGACAGCUAUGACCAUCUUCUUUCCAUUGGACACGGCCAAAAGUCGACUGCAGGUGGAUGAGAAUCGGAAGUCAAAAUCCACUCCUGUCAUGUUGGCUGAAAUAGCGAAGGAAGAGGGUCUGCUUUCUUGGUAUAGAGGAUGGUUCCCAGUUAUCUCGAGCCUCUGCUGCUCCAACUUUGUCUAUUUCUACACGUUCAACAGUCUGAAGAAGAUGACAGCUUCUGGCAUGCACAAGUCCAGACCAGGCAAAGACCUGCUCAUGGGGAUCAUAUCAGGGGCUGUGAAUGUGAUCCUGACCACUCCCAUGUGGGUGGUCAACACUCGACUGAAACUCCAGGGGGUCAAGUUCAGAAACGAAGAUCUCCACCAGACUCAUUACACUGGCAUAUUUGAUGCUUUCUUGCAGAUUAUAUCCAACGAGGGGGUGAGAACUCUGUGGAACGGAACACUGCCCUCGUUGAUCCUCGUCCUUAACCCGGCCGUUCAAUUCAUGUUCUAUGAAGCCAUGAAGAGGAAAGCGGGGAGAGGAGGGAGAAAGAUUUCAUCAGCACAGAUAUUCCUCAUCGGCGCCAUCGCCAAGGCUGUUGCCACGACGGCAACUUAUCCUCUUCAGACAGUUCAGGCCAUCCUGCGGUUUGGUCAGUACAGAAGUGAUGGCACGAGCGGCGUGUUGGGAAGUGUCUCGAACAUAUUCUCCCUGUUGAUGGACAGGAUCAGGAAACACGGCGUUCUUGGUUUGUACAAAGGUUUGGAGGCUAAACUGCUGCAGACAGUACUGACUUCUGCUCUUAUGUUUGUCAUCUAUGAGAAGAUCACUGCUGUUAUCUUCAAAGUCAUGGGCCUGAACAAGAAACUGCAGCACUCCUAGAAGAAUAAAAUACGACUUUCGAUUUGUUUUACACUAGACAACCAGGGUGACAACAGGGUCAUUAUUUCGCAUCAGUAGUCUGGCCAUAAUUCGGACCAAACGGUAUCAUUCCAAGGAAAACAGUGUCUUAAUUUAAUGAUCAAAACUGUUUUUAAACAUUCACCAAGAAUCUCAUACCAGAUUUUCACUGCAGUUCAACUUAUAAGAGUGCAAUGACAUUGAUUCUUAACAGUUAAUUAAGAGUUAACUAAGGUGCUUAGUAAUCAUUCUUUGGGUUUGUUAGUUAAUGCAUUAAGUAUUAACAGAAUGAAAAGUGAAGUAAGCAUUGAAUGUGUUCAGUAUCUUUAUAAUUCAUUAACGUAAAAAUAAAUACCAUGAACACCAUUAAUAAAUGAUUACUCAUAAUUUUUAAUUUACCUUUAGUUCCUGUUGACUUGAAGUGUGUGUGUGUGUGUGUGUGUGUAUGUAUGUGUAUAUAUAUACAUAUAUAUAUUCAUGUAAAUGGGGACUAUAAUGAAUGAGUACACAAUCCUUCCAUUAUUAUUAUUAUUUUUUUUUUUUUUACAAAGUGCCUCUAAAUUUUAAAGUAUGCGUAUUGUGAUUUAUCUGCUGUAAUGACUUAACACUUUACAACCACAGUGCACUUACUUGUCUGUUGUUGUCAUGGUGUGUUUUGUUAUUUGUAUGUCCUGUUGGCAGUGUAACAUUGUGAUUGGAGCAUUAGGAUUGCUGGUUAGAGACAUCCCAUA